GCGCUCAGCUCAGGCUCGCGCUCAGGCUCAGAGGAUCAGGGGGCUCUCGGGGGUCUGAACGACAGAGAAACGGUACAAUCCGUGACGAUGGAGGGAAUAGAGGGGACCGAGAGGUUUGACAGCCCGGGAAAGGGCAGAGGCCUGCGGGCACUGCGACACUUUGCCGUGGGUGAGCUGGUCUUCGCGUGCCCUGCCUACUCUUACGUGUUGACAGUGAAUGAGAGGGGAGCACAUUGUGAACACUGUUUCACCAGGAGAGAGGACCUUUCCAAGUGUGGGAAAUGCAAACAAGCAUUUUACUGCAAUGUUGACUGCCAGAGAGGUGAUUGGCCAUUGCAUAAAAUGGAGUGUGUUGCCAUGUGUGCCUAUGGUGAAAACUGGUGCCCAUCAGAAACCGUUCGAUUAGUAGCAAGAAUAAUCCAAAAACAGAAAGGUACAACAGAGCCCACUCCUUCAGAAAGGGUCCUCCUAUUGAAGGAGUUUGAAUCCCAUUUAGACAAAAUGGACAGUGAGAAAGAUGAGAUGAACCAGGCAGACAUUGCAGCGUUGCAGCAUUUUUAUUCCAAACACCUUCAUGAUCUCCCUGGUGAACAGGCGCUCAUUGAGCUCUUUGCACAGGUUAAUUGUAAUGGUUUUACAAUAGAAGAUGAGGAACUCUCACAUCUGGGAUCAGCUGUUUUUCCUGAUGUAGCACUUAUGAAUCACAGCUGUAGUCCUAAUGUCAUAGUCACCUAUAAAGGCACUGUGGCUGAGGUUCGGGCAGUGAAGGAGAUAAACCCUGGAGAUGAGAUAUUUAACAGUUACAUAGACCUGCUCUAUCCGACAGAGGACCGUAAAGAGAGGUUAUUAGACUCUUACUUCUUCACAUGUGAAUGUACGGAGUGCACCACCAAGUCAAAAGACAAAGCCAAAAUGGCCAUCAGAAAGUUGAGCACACGACCAGAGCCGCAGGAAAUUCAAUCUAUGGUCCACUAUGCAAAGAAUGUCAUUGAGGAGUUCAGGAGAGCUAAGCACUACAAGACUCCGAGUGAGCUACUCGAGAUGUGUGAACUCAGCUUGGAAAAGAUGGGGGCCAUAUUUGCAGAUACCAAUGUGUACAUGCUGCACAUGAUGUAUCAGGCAAUGGGAGUGUGUCUCUACAUGCAGGACUGGGAUGGAGCUAUGAGCUAUGGAGAGAAGAUUGUUCACCCAUACAGUGUGCAUUAUCCUGCCUACUCCCUUAAUGUGGCAUCUAUGUAUCUCAAAUUGGGACGUCUUUAUUUGGGACUGGAAAAGAAAUCUCAGGGAGUAAAAGCUUUGAAAAAGGCACUGGCCAUUAUGGAAGUUGCUCAUGGUAAAGAUCAUCAUUAUGUAGCUGAGGUCAAACGGGAAAUUAAGGAGCAAAAAUGAUGGAGAAGUCAUGGGGCAUGAAUGAACACUGGCUUUAAAUACAAAAUGGAAGCGGCUGCAUGGCAUGCAUACCUCUGCUUUAACACCCACUCUACACAUCUACAAUUUUGUCUUAAUAAAUUUGAAUCAAUUUUUAAGGGUGUGAAAAAGAGCGCCUUUGCUUCAUUGUGUAUUCUAUCUCAAACUUUUAAUUUGAUUAAAAGUAAAAAACGGCACCCCAAAAAUAUUUUGUUACAUAAAUCUCACUCUUGUAUCUGUUUUAAAUGAUGGACGUUCCGAAGCCCCUCUAGAAAAUAGGCAGAUUAUGCUCUGUCAAGUCAAUGCUCUGAUGCAACCAAUAAUGGGGGAAUAUGAAGUGUUUUGUGGGGAAGCUGUUUUUGUACACAGCUCCCAAUUUUCCAAAUUUGUUUUGACAAUUUUCUGGUUUGAAUUUCAACUGAAAAAAGUCAGCAUCAUGUACAAAGUAGCAACCAACCGAGCAAAGCUUGUGUAGAGAAAACCCAGUGCCAGUUGUCACUGACGUUUGUCUUACAGUACUGUUUGUUGCCUGUGUUGUAUUUAUUACAUGUCAAUUUGUUAUUACAUUGAUAGUCUUGAGUUAUUGUUAAAUGGGCCCCAGUUUUGCCACUGGAAUGGAAUCAACUGUUUGUCUUUUUACUGUAUUAAUAUUGGGUGCUGAUAUUUAAACAAUUUCAUCAAAAGAAUAGCUUUGUGAGUACUCAUGCUCAAAGGGCAAAGCACAGUAGCUUUUGUCUGUCUCAUGGAAAGUCUUGUUUCUGAAAUUCUUUCAUUUCUGGGAAUGGGAUUUUUUUUUUUAUUAUUUGUUGUAUGAUAGAUACAAAUGUAUAGCUGACUGAAUGUAUUAUUAUUAUUUUUUUAUAUAUAGAUAUAUAGAUAAAUACACUUUAAAAGAAUCUCCAAAAUUAUCAAAAUUAGAAACCAAAUCUCCCUUUAAACAAUUUUUUCAUUUAAACUAAUUUGAAAAAAGAACACGCUAAUCCCUGUAUUAGGAUCGUACAGAUGUUUCUGAAACUUUAUAUCAAACAUUCGUACAAAAUCUUACCAAUGGUAAUUAGUAGCUGCAUGAACUGCAAUGAAUUAAUAUGCUGUCCCUAAUGAAAUAUGCACUACAGCAAUGCAGAGUAUAUGAUCAGUGUUGUGUGUUUUAUUGUAGCAUCAUACACUGCAUGCCUUACAACUUUGAAAAGGGUUCUCCAAAACAUUGAGCAGACUGAUUUUUUUUUUUCUUUUGUAAUUGUUGAUAAAUUCCAGCAAACUUGUUAUCAGGCAUGAAUGUUUGUUUAGGUUGGUUGCAAUCCUUUAAUUUGUCUGUUUUCUUGUUGAUUAAUUCAAUAAAACACAUAAAUCUUA